ACGGUCUAUAACUUGGCAGAUGUGGCCUGCAAGUGCCAUGGGGUGUCCGGUUCCUGCAGUCUGAAGACCUGUUGGCUGCAGCUGGCUGAUUUCCGGAAAGUUGGGGAUGCCCUGAAGGAGAAAUACGACAGUGCUGCUGCUAUGAAACUCAACAGCCGGGGCAAACUGGUGCUGGUGAAUAACCGCUUCAAUAUCCCCACAACCCAGGACCUGGUCUACAUCGACCCGAGCCCGGACUACUGUGUGCGCAACGAGAGCACGGGGUCCCUGGGCACGCAGGGCCGCCUCUGCAAUAAGACCUCGGAAGGCAUGGAUGGCUGUGAGCUCAUGUGCUGCGGCCGAGGCUACGACCAGUUCAAGACGGUACAGACAGAACGCUGCCACUGCAAAUUUCAUUGGUGUUGUUAUGUCAAAUGCAAGAAAUGCACUGAGAUCGUGGACCAGUUUGUGUGCAAAUAGCGGGGUUGCUGCCUCCUGCAGGGGGCACCCUCUCUACCCCAGGACCAUCUCCACUUUAUUUAUAGAGCUCAAUGAUGUCCUCCCCUCGCCCCACACCCCCAGCCCCCAGUUGCAAAUAGAAGCAA